AUGUCAAGAUCGGGAAGAGGAAGCCCCGUGAAGGUGGUCAUCAUCAACACGGAGUAUAUUGAAACCGACGCCAUGAGCUUUAAGUCUGUUGUUCAACGUCUCACGGGCAAAGAUUCCUCUGUUGAUCAAUCUCCUAACAACAACCGGUUAUCACACGAUGCUACUGGUGGUCGUCGUGGUGGUGUAAAUUCGCCGAUGUUGAAGAAAGGGAUGUCGUUUAGAGACCUUGAUAAGUUGCUAUUGGAGCUGCCUAGCAUGGAUGAUAUUUAUCAAUUUUGUGCGGACAAUUAA